AUGAUAGAAGGGUAAGGAGAUAGCAUUCCAAAUCUUUAAAAUUAAGAAAUAGUUAUUGGACAACCUGUAUAAACAGAUACUCCGCUCAUUUUGACUAAAAUUAAUGCUGAUAUAGAAACUAAAAAACAUGUGUGCAUUCAUUGGUGUUUAUUUUUUGUUCUGGUUACAAUUUUUAUAUUGACUUCUGUGUUUAUGCCAGAAUCAACCUAAUAGGUUCAAUUGGACAAUCCUUGUUAUGAAAAUAGCGAAUAUAAUUUUGAUUAAGAAUCAUGGUUUGAAAAGAAUAAAUAGUAAUUUUGCAAUCAAAGUGGAGCUAAUUAUACAAUGAUUAGAAGAUUAGAUAAAAAAAAUCAAUUCUUAAUUGUUUAUGGGUAAUUUAGUUUCUUCAGUCCCAUGGGUUAUGAAAUCAGCUACUUAAAUUAUACUGCCACAUUAUUUGGGUUGACUAUGGAAUAAUAGAAAACUGGGAAUCUAUAUGAUCAUUUUAUUACUAGUAAGAAUCAUUCGAUAACAACUAAUUGUAAUCAGAACUACGAGGACGAAUAUGAUGAAUAUGAUGAGUAUGAUGAGAUAAUUGGAGAUGAAGGUGAAGAAGAAGAUGAAGAUGAAGAUGAGGACGAAGAUGAAGAUGAAUUACACAGACUCUCUUAAAGAACAGAAGAUUAUGGAAAUUUUGAUCAUAAGCUAUGUGAAUGGAAACUUUUGGUCUUUAUUCCAAUUCUAGAGUAUCACGAUUACCUCCUAAUUAUAAAUUUCGCUAAACCCGAAAUUGACAAUAAUACUUAUUUGUAUUUAUAAGGAAUAACUGUUGAUCCCAGAUAUUCCAAUUCAGUAUUAGCAAUAAGAUACACAUUUUUUGCAUUUUCAGUGAUUACUUUGACUCUGUUUGCAUUCAGAAUGAAAAAAUUAGCCUUAUCAAAUUGGGUCAUUGAAUAAAAGUUUGUCUUAGUCUUGAGCUUACUUUUACCUUGGUUCAAUGAUCCACUGUAUGCGGCUACAUUAAUGGCUCCGAACAGAGUCACUGCUGUGAUUGGAGUGAUAUUUUUCAGUAAUUUCAUUUGUUGUCUCUUCCUUUAUUGGCUCGUACUGUACCAUAGGAUUGUGGUCGAUAACGGAAACAAGGAAAGCACUGCAGUCACUAAACCCAAGAUCCUGGUUUGCUUCCUGUUAUGGCUCCUUUUUGUGGUCUCCUACUCGAUCCUAGUCAUUUAAUAUUUUAGGGACCCUACUACAAAUUUUGAUGACUUCCAUCAUAAACCUUACAUGGCAUUUAAAGUGCUUUCAUUUUUAUUUUCCUUUGCUACAUUUUUGUAUUUGCUCAAGUACUUGAUUCAAUUUUGCAAAUGCUAUGAGACUAGAUUGUGGAGAUACAAGUUGAUUGGAUUGUUUAACAUAUUUUUCAUGAUGUGUUUGGGCUUGUUCAUCUUGUCUGGAUCCUUUGAAAUUUAUAAUCUCACUGGAACAGAGGUGCUCAUCUCUAUAAGUAUUUUGAACUUAUACAUCUAUUAUCAGUAAUACUUGUGGAGUCCCAGCAAGUAGGGACUAGCCUAGUUUGAGAAUCUGACUCAGAAUGUCUUGAUCAGUAAUAGGGAUUAUGAUGAAUUCGAAAUUGAAAAUAUCAAUGUCAUUUAAGAGAACGUUGUAGAUGAAAAGUUUUAGGUCUAAGACAAUAAAGGAAUGUUGGUCGAAUGA